UGUUGCUAUUUAAAAACAGCUGAGUGUUUUGGAAACCGAUGCUUUAAAAAUAACAAGUAUUGAACAACACCAUCAACCUUUAGUUAGCAAGUGUCCUUUGCUAACUAGUUGAGAACUGUUACUGGAGAUUUUAAAUAAGGUUUCAAAGCAACAAUAUGGAACUGGUUUUGUCAUUUGCCCUUUUUGGACUCUGCACGGUCGCUGUGAAUGGUCAUGGGCGUUUGGUUGAUCCACCAAGUCGUAAUGCUAUGUGGAGAUACGGAUUUUCAAAUCCUCCAAACUACAGCGAUAACCAGCUCAACUGUGGUGGGUUUUCCUACCAUUGGAACAAUAAUGGCGGGAAAUGCGGUGUUUGCGGUGAUCCAUACGGCAAGUCGCAGCCCCACGUCUUUCCUGGUAAAUACGCCAACAAUAUCAUUACCAGAACCUACAAGCAGGGACAAAUUGUCAACGUGAAGGUUCAAAUAACAGCAAACCACAAAGGUUAUUUUACGUUCAAAGUCGGCGAUAUUGGUACUCCUCCCGUUACGGAAGAAAAGCUGAACCAUCUUCUAAAGAUAGCAGGGACCACUGGUACAAGAUACUACCUCCCAGAGGGGUCUAAAAGUGGAUUUUUUGACGUCUCGCUGCAGUUACCAGCAUCUUUAACAUGCGCGCAUUGCGUAUUUCGUUGGUGGUACACUGCAGGCAACAGCUGGGGCACAGGAGCCACUGGUUCAGGUGUUGGAAAGGGAGCUCAGGAGACAUUUGUCAAUUGUGCAGAUGUGAGAAUAGUCAGUAAUGGCGGUGUGACACAACCCACUAUGCAAACAAAGCCUUCGACCAAGAAACCAAUUACCAGCACCACUCAAGAAGCGACCUUGCCACAAACGAGAAUCCAGACAACGACAGCAAGACCAAAGCCCGUCCCUAGUACUAUCAAGCCAACAAUGCCGACGAUUCCCGGUGAUAAAUGUAAAGCUACAGGAAGGUACGCGAGUAUUGGUGCAUAUGAUUGGUGGUGCAAGAUGAACUGCCCUUUGAACUGCCCAAAAUCCCAUUGCAUCUGCACUUCGACAACCAACCCUGGCCUACCACAGCCAAAAAUUUGCAGGGCAGCUGGGGCAUACACAUCUGUUGCAGGUAUGGACACGUGGUGUCGCCAGAAUUGUCCGGCAUUCUGUCCCAAAACUCACUGCAUGUGUUCUUGAACUUGAAGAAGACAUUCUAUUUCGACCAAUAAGACCGAAUACAUUUGCUAUUAAUAAUUCACUGAAAUCUGACUUUUCUAAGAUACCAUUUACUAACGUAAUGAGACACUGAAUAAAGGGUUUUCAUUCAUUUAUUGCUUUAUAAUAUCCGAAGUAAAGAGCAUAAGCUUGUUAAUGAUGGCUUAUAGAGCAAAACUAUAGUGAUUACUUUUUCUCUUACUGUCGUUGCUCUAUCCAAAGAGCAUUUCUAACCGAUUUCGAAAUUGUAUUCUUUAAAAAGUUAUUAUAUAAGAUUCAACCUUUUAUCCAAAUCUCCCUCUCUACCUUUUGUCAAACCUUCCUCGCUACCUUUUGUUCAAAUUUUCCUCUCUACCUUCUGUUUAAAUCUUUUUCUCUACCUUUGUUCAAAUCUUUCUCUCUACCUUUAGUCCAAGUCUCCCCCUCUAACUUUUGUCCUAAUCUUCCUCUCUCACUUUUGUCCAAAUCUUCCUCCCUUACUUUUGUCCAGUUCUUCCUCUUCACCUUUUGUCCAAAUCUUCCACUCUUAUAUUUGUCCUAAUCCUCCACACUUACUUUUGUACAAAUCUUCCUCUCCACCCUUUGUCCAAAUAUUUCUCUCUACCUUUUGACCAAAUCUUCCUCCCUUACUUUUGUCCAAAUCUUCCUCUCCACCCUUUGUAUUAAUCUUCCUCUCCACCCUUUGUCCAAAUCUUUCUCUCUUAUAUUUGUCCAAAUCUUCCUCUCUACCUUUUGUCCAAAUCUUUCUCUCUACCUUUAGUCAAAAUAUUGCCCACCAAAUUAAAAAAUUAUUAAAGUCAGUUGUGUAAGGAUACACAGUAGAAAAAUAAGUUUGUAAUGAUAGGACAUUAUAUUGUUGCCAAAUGGGAGACCCUUAGAAGUUAAAAAGGCGUUUUACCAAAAAGUUUGCUUUGGGCCGACCCUACUUCUUCUAAAAUCUGUACAACAUAGAACUGCCUCUAAGUAAAUAGCGAACCUACUUCUUAGAUCGGUAUUUCAAACACAUUUUCUUACUGAAUAUAAAACGUUUAGACAACGCUGGUGCAAAUUUUCACACUCAAGGCUCUUCUUUGAAUGAAGGAUACACCCCCUCAGAGAAAAGUCUCAAAUUCCAAGAAUAAUCUCGUUCUCGUUUACAUCUCAUUUGCGAUCAAAAAUGGCUGUCGGAGCACAUGGCUCACAUGGCUGGAUAGACGGAUAUGCCCAAAAAUUCUCUGAUUCCAAGGUACUUUUUUCUAUAACUAUUGUUAUUUCAACUUGUUUGCUAUACUAAUGUUAAUUAAGUUUAAAAAUUACCUUUGUGUUUCCUAAAUUCAAGUGCGAUUUUUAUAAAUAUAGGUUUAAUGAUUUGCAAAAUUUGUUAUUGUCUACCACACUACACACUUGACCAGCAAUGCAGACAUACCUUGAAAUGCCGAGUUCAUUUUUCUUUCUACCUUUUCAGUUGAAGGAUUGACUAAUUGACUCAAUUAGCCCGAUGAUGACUUAAUCUAUUCGAAAUGGGAUUAAGUGAAAAUGAGUGAUAAGGCUGCUGCUGUUUAAGAAUAUUUUUUUAGCAGCACCCAACCUCUAAAGAUCUGAAAAGCACCAGCCAUCCUUGAACCUCAAAAAAGUGCUGUUCAAGUAUUUGAUAUCUACCCUGGAAAGCGAGCCAAUCUCCCCUGCUACUCACCAUUCGAGUGAAGUGGCCUUUAAAAUGUUUGUUUUUUCUGUUUUUGUGUUGUGAUAUCAUUACUCUGAGGCUGGGAAUAGGGGGCCCUGGGAAAAAACAG